AUGAAGUACCUGGUUCAACACGAUGAUGCAAAUUUGAAAGCAGUUAAGAAGUUAGGCUUUUUGCUUCGAAAAACAUCUGGUGCUAACGUAAUAUUUAUGGUUGGUGCCGGUAUUUCAACAUCUUGUGGUAUCCCUGAUUUCAGGUCGCCGGAGACAGGCCUUUAUAGAAACCUUGCUAAAUUGAAUCUACCAUUUGCAGAGGCAGUGUUUGAUAUCGAUUUCUUUGAAGAAAAUCCCAAACCAUUCUACACUUUGGCUAAGGAACUCUACCCUGGUAAGUUCAAACCUUCAAAGUUUCACUUCUUCAUGAAAUUAUUUCAGGAUGAGAAUCGAUUACGCAGAAUAUACACGCAGAAUAUUGACACAUUGGAAGCGCAAGCAGGUAUUAAUGCAGAAUACAUUGUUGAAGCACACGGGAAUUUUGCUUCGAACCAUUGCAUUAAGUGUAAGAAACAGUUCCCGAUGAACUAUUUUAAAGAAAAACUGGAUUUUAAGACUGAAGAUAGCAUCGAUUUUGCGCGAUGCGAUCACUGCAAAAGCCUGAUAAAACCGAAUAUUGUGUUUUUUGGUGAGAAUCUGCCGGCCAGAUUCUUCGAUACAUGGGAAGACGAUCUCGAAACCUUAGAGGACAAAUCAUCAGCGAGUGAAUAUAUUGUCAUUGUCGCAGGUACUUCGUUAGCGGUUUAUCCAUUUGCAUCUCUCCCACACGAGGUCCCGGCAAAAAUCCGUAGAAUACUAAUUAACAAAGAGAUGGUUGGUUCGUUUGCUCAGGAAAAACGCAAAACCGAUUUAAUGUUCAAGGGCAGUACUGAUGACGCUGCCCAAAGAUUGGCAGAAGAAAUGGGCUGGAGUGAAAAAUUGAAGAAGUUGUGUAAUGAGUUUGAAAUUAAACAAAUUGAUACCAAGAAAGAAAUCUCUGAAGUCAUGUCGGAGAUGAAGAAGUUGACUAUAAACAAAGACGAAAGUGACAACGAAAAACCCGAGGCUAUUGAGAUUUCAGAAAAGUUGGGAAAAUUAGGAUUGUCUUCAACGCCUGUGAAAGAAGAGCCAGAGUCUUCAAAAAAGGACGUGUUGAAGGAGGCGAAAGAUAAAACGGAGCCAAACGAAAUUAGUGAUAGUUUAAAGGAGGAAGCAAGCACCGAAAGUAGUUUAGAUAAAUUAGAGGAACAUAAAUCUCCUCACAAUGAAUCGGAAAGUAGUAACAAAGAAGAGAAGGUAUCAAACCAGCCUACAUAA